ACUGUCGUCAGAUGGCGCUGCAAGUCUUCCGUCUUAAAUUUAGCACACGCCCAAAUUCAACCUCCGACGCUGUGUGUGUGUAUUGCAGUUUGACAUUUUGCCGCCUGGUGUUCACUAUUGAGCUCGCCACUAGAUAGAUAGUUGACCUGGUUUUCUGUUGGAUUUACUGUGUCUAGAAUCUCCUUGAAUCCUCAACAUGAGUUGCUGUGCCGGAAUAGCCAGGGCGCUGCUCAUCAUCUUCAACAUUGUCUUCUGGUUGUCUGGUGGGGCGAUCCUUGGUGUCGGAAUCUGGUUUCUUGUGGACAAAAACAUCAGCAGUUACUUCACAGUGGUUGAUAUUGACACCAGCGACUCGUACUUCAAGUAUGCGGCGUAUAUCCUCAUCGCGUUUGGAGCCUUUGUAUUCCUUGUGGGAUUCUGUGGAUGUUGUGGUGCUAUCCGUGGCAGCAAGUGUCUCCUUGGCUUUUAUGUCUUCUUCCUCAUCAUCAUCAUCGGUGGGGAGGUUGCAGCUGCUGCUCUCAUGAUCCUCUACAGAAUUGAGGUCGAGAAAAAAAUUGACACAAUCUUGGAGAAAUCACUGAAAGAGAAGUACUCCAACAGUUCCACCUUGCGUGAUGCCUGGGGCUUCAUCCAGAUCAAGUUUGACUGCUGUGGUUACAGUGGACCUGAUGAUUACAUGGACAAUGCCUACCUGGUGAAAAAUAGCCUGAACAUCCCUCGAUCGUGCUGCGUACUGACUAACAAGGCCACCGCCAUGGAAGAAGUGAAAUCAGCCAGUCCAAAGAAUGCUUCCGAGUGUAACAGCAAGACUGUUGACUUCUACUAUAAUAAGGGCUGUAAGAAGACUCUCCUCGACAUGGCUCUCCAGUACACUAACAUCCUGAUCGGUGUGGGCAUCGGUGUUGCCUGUCUAGAGAUCUUUGGGAUUGUGUUUGCCAUCUGCGUGUGUCGACGUGUAGACAAGGACGAUUCCUAUCACUAAGGAUGAUAUAGACAAGAUGAUGCCCACCAGUGGUUACCAUGACAACACAGUCACUGUCGCCUUGACAUUUUGCACUCUUGGUCAUUUCAAACCUCAUUUAAAUUUGGUCAUUUCUCAUAUAGAAAAAAUAAGGAUUUCAUAAAAAAUAGCUUUUCCAUAUUUUGCCAUUAACUAUUUUAAUUACAUCAUCAGAACAUGGAAUAGCUGGAUUAUUUGUGUCUAGAAUGUUUUCACAUUUUUCAUUACAUUAAUGAUCCUGGUUAUUUUCCAUCACCCAUAUUUGGUAUUUGGCAAUUUAAAAAAAAAAAGAGCUGAAGGGAACUUUCACAUGUUUCCUGUAAAGAAUCAUGAGUUUGUAACAAAUUUCAUAUGUCGUGUUGUUUCUGUGGAUUUAAAAAAAUCAGUUCUGAUGUUUUGUCUGCUGAAAAUACAUCUCUGUCAAAGUGACGAAAGGUUGUGCGAUUGAAUUAAGUGACUGUUUUGUCUGAAAUGUGAUCUUCAGAAUUUAAAGGAUUUACGGAAUUGUUGGCUUUCAGCUGAAUAACUAUUCCUAUAUUGUUGUUUUUUUUUCCAAGAAAAUUAUUGAUAUUGUCAAAUUUAUUACAUAUAUAUUUAACAUUGGUGGUAGUUGAUUAUACUUUCCACCCUGGUAUGGGCCACUGCCAGGCCUAAUUGAAGAAAAUCAAUCAAGUGUACAGUAUCCAGGGCUCUUCUGAUGAUGCAAUAUUUGCCAGCUAUCAGUUGAAUAUUAAUUCCAGUCUAUUAAGUGAUGGCAAGAUCAUUAAGAAAACCAAAGAAAGGUCUAAAAUGUUGAAAUGGAUAGCACCCUGAGAAAUUUGAAUCUCAAGUAUAUGUAAAGUAUUUUUUAAACAACAUGUUUCAAAUAGAUCUGAGUGUCUUGGGAAGUGUAACCAACUUUGUUAGUGACAUUUGUCUCGUUGAAGGAGACCAAAUUUUUGUCUUUAUAUAGUUACAAAUAAUAUUACAAUGUUCUAUAUAUUUCUAGUGGUUUGUAUUGUUGUCCAAGGUCAUCAAGUUCCUUUGUGCGUGUAUGUGCCUAUUGUGGUUUUGAAUGUGUGACUAGAAGUUAUAACAUGUAUAUAUGAGUUUUAAAUAUUAAAUACGUUUGUAUUGGUCCUGCUGUAUAUGAAAUAGUAACUCAUAUUAUUCUAAAAAUCUUAAAGGAAAACUGGUUGACCUAAGAUCUAAAAAAUGUACUUUUAUUUUUACAUAAAUGUACAGAUUUUUUCAUUCAUACGAUCAUGUCACAGUAACUAAGAGAGCGAGUGUGGGAAAUAAACCAAUCGUUCGUAUUUAUAUAUAAAACUCCCAACUUCCUAAGCCAUACCUCUGGUAAAAAAAUGUAAAAGAACAAUUCGAAAACAUCAUCUCUUUUCUCUAUUUUAAAUGUGUAUUGUUUGUGUAAACCUGUACCAGUAUUUUACCUGUGAUUAGCCAGCUUUAAAAGGUGCCACCUCCAUGUAAACAAUUUUACAUAAAGGUUAAUGGGUGAAUAUAUCUUAUUUGAUAUGGAAUCUAUUACACAAGUUCAAUAAUUUGGUAUGUCAUAAGCCUUUAGGCGAGUUAUAUAAAAAAAAAAUUAUUGAGUUCAAUAUAUUCCAUAUUACACCGCCACAAGUUUAAGAUUCAGUUUAUCACAUAACUUGUAUUUAUAAAAAUAUAAAUAAAAUCUUUCAAAUUUAUUUCUAUAUGAGACAAACACAUUUUGACAAGUAAGAGUUUCUCUGUAGAGACAAUCAUGCGAUGUCACUAAUACAUUGUGUCUUCAUAAGUAAUGGUCAUGUCAGAAUAGUGUUAUUACACGCGUCUUACAAUAUUUAUGACAUGUGAUAAAAUUAACAUACACACUUUCUAAUGUUUUGGAAUUCCCAUGAGGUAGACUGCACUUUUAAUAGAAAAAGCGCAUUGAUUAAACUAUUCUAUUUUUAUCAAGAAUCUCUCUGUAAAAUAGGGAUAAUAGGCGUGAAUUCAUGCACAGCUGAAACUAAAUCUUUAGGAGCAUGUCUUUUAGUAAUGGCCUACUACAGUUGCUUGUUUUUGGAACAUCCUUGGGCCAAUUCCUGGUUCAUUUUACCUGAUGACCGAUCCGGAAGGACUGUCGAGGCUAAUCACAGGUCUAUACUAAAAUACAUGUCAGGUUGAUGGAGUACACAUUCAUCUCAUUACAUUGCCAUAUUGCUAUAAACUUCAUUUGAAAUCUUUCCAACACAUUUCUGCCAUAUAUGGGUGUAUUGUAAUGUACAUAGCAAGCUUCAUAUUGGAACAUAAAGCUGUGAUUUACAGCGUCAAAUGUAGAAUAUUUUAUGUAAUAAUAGAUAUGAAUUUUUUUAUUAUUACAAAAUGUAUUUUAUAAUUUUUGGUCUCGUAGCACAGUUGUUUUUUGUUAAAAUUGAUAUUUUUGUAUGGUAACGUUAUGUCUUUGUCUCGUUGAUAUCAUUGUUCUAUGAUAACAGUGUUGACUUUAAAGUUUGCCCCGUUUAACCCCCGUUAUAUUUACUCUAAAAGGUGUGUACAAUAUUUAUAUAUUACUGUUAGAAAAUCUGAUGCAUAAUAUAAUGAAACAAGUAGUUUUGCUCAUAACAUUAUUAAGUAUUAUUAAAUGUUAUUUAUGAUUGUUUAUAGAUCUUAAUAUAUAGUAUAUCUAACCUGAACCACAACAGUAACUGUAGUACUGAUUUGUUCAUACGGUAUCUCUGUCAUGUCACCAGCAAAUAUUUACUGACAGUUAUAAUUACUCCCCAGAGACAUAAAAAAAGUCGCAAAGUUGCAAGUGUCUGCAGGGGAUAAUAAUGUAAACUUUGCAAAAAUAUAAAUAAAUAAAAAUUACCAUCAUAAAAAAAAAACUCAAGUUUUGAGACAUUUAACAAGUCAGAUAGCGGAUUUUUUUAGAUCCUUUUUUAGAUAUUUAACACCUCAAAAAAAUACUGUGAAGUUUAAAGAAAUUUAAUUUUAAACCUGAAUGAAUAACAAUUUCAAUUGAUAACCACUCAAGUGAUAACUGGGUUUCUGGAGAUAUUUCUAUGAACUUUGAAAAACGUGUUUUAUUUUAAAUCGGAUCAAGCCUGUAAAGUACUGUGGCAUUGAGACCAGUGACACUACAACUACCAGGGAUACGUGGAUGUUCUUUAAAUCUUUUUUAUUUUGUUGUAGCAGCAUCUUUGACUGAUGGAGAUAGCUUCAUUGACAGAUGGAGAUAGUGUAUUUUAGAAAUGCAUGACUUUCAGGUUAAGCCUGCUAAUUAAGCAGUAAAUUAAGUGACACAGUUUUAUAUAAAUACUGCUCGUUAAAAUGUUUACAAGGUUUAAUUUUUUAACAAAACAAAAUGAAAACAAAUGAGUUUACUUAAAUUUGAUAGAAAUGAAAAUGAUUCUAUUGAAGUUGUAUAUGUUGAGCUGAUUAUAUAGGGCGGACAUGCAAAUUUGAAAAUGUAUGGAAGUCUGUAGCUACCUCAAAUGCUGAAUUCUUGUCCAAACUUCUCCAAAAUUGUAAUCACCUUGUUGGUAGACGCUGGUUUCAAGAAAUUUUGGGAAUUUUUCUAUUUCUAAAUGUAUUUCAACAUAUUAUGCAAAAAUAUAAAUGGUGUUCUGGCUUACUGAAGUAUAUAUGUUGAUAAUUUGAAAUUAAAGUUCAUAUAACAGAUGUUUAAAUGUAAUAACAAGCAGCAAAUUAAAGAAAUGUACUCCGGAUAAUAUCCCUGUUAAAAACUGAAAUUAUAUUAUUUUGUGGAAGAAUAAAAAUGUGGUUAGUUACUAAUACAUAAAAAAUUUGUAUUAUCUUGCCAUUCCUUACAGAAAUUAACUUAUUCAAGUUCACACUAAACCUUUUCUACGAUGUGGACGGUUGUGUAGAUACUUAUUAUAGAGCCUGUACAUUAUGCUAGAUACAAGCGUAUAGUGUAAAACCGCUUUGUGUGUAACAGUGGUUGUCAUUGUCUGUGGUGUAACCUGAUCCCAUUGUUUAGGACCUUUCUGUCUUGGUUGUCAGGGUACUUUGUACACUUCACUAGCACUGUCCAAACCUACAGGCAUCAGACAUUUUAUUUUGGUAUGCACAGUUGUCAAACUAGACAGGUUUUACAAUGUUGACAAGUUGUGAAAUAGUAUAAAGGUAAAAGUUCAGCAAAUACAGGCUUCCAGAAUAUAAAGGGUUAAUUUAGAUGGGUUUAACUACACCAUAUCUAUUUGCUUAAGUUAGCAUUUAGCAAUUUUAUGAAUAUACAUUACACAUCAACACAAUCAAUAGUAAAUUGAUAUCGGGCAUGGAAUUUCUAUAAAUAGAAUAAUAAAACAGAAUCACAUUAACAUAUAUGUCUGUUCGUCUACUACAUUGUAUGUCUAAUUUGAAUUAUAUCGAUACUUUUUUUGUAUAUAGUGUAAGUGACACCAAACUAGGUUACCAGCUGAAUUAGGGAAUAAUUCUGAUUUAUUACUGUCAUAACUAUGACAUAACACCAAUACCAAGAAGCACUUCUGACUAAGUAAUAAAUAUCCAAAUAGUGCUAAAAUUAAACGAGAUAUAAAUUACAUGUAUAUCUACAGUAGGGCAACAGAGGAAAGUAUUUAAUUACAGACUAUCAAAUAAUUGUCAGGUGUGGCCUUCUAAGGAUCACUUUCAAAUUGAUAUUAAUGAAUUAUUUCCCACCGUUGUUUUGAUUUUUUGUUUUGUUUUGAUUAUGGUGUAUAGUGUAAACCUAUAAAAGGUCAUGCAUGAAUGAACACCACUGAACGGGCUGAAUUGUUUUUCUAAUUAAAACCAAAGUCAUAGAUAGUUAAUGUUUUCAAAACCAAAUAUUAUGUUAUAAAACUUUAAACUGUCUAGUGUUAGUACCACAGUAGUAUUUUACUAGUACAGGGCCGGUUUUGCUUUGACCGGUUGCACUUGUUAGACCAGAGUUGUUCGUUUAUGAAAUAAAGACAGACCUGGUGAUCCAAAGGAGGUAAUUUGACCAAAGUCUAUGUACCAUUUAAUAUUUUGGAUACAUGUUUAAUUCACCUAGGAUGAAACAACACAUGUGCAACUAGUAUUUUUUUCUAAUGUAAUAAAAUGCUUCAGUACACGGUUCUUUCUUUCAUUAAAUAUGUUAAAGAUCAUACAGUUCAAUACAAUGUACUCUUUUUUUUUUUUUUUUUUUUUUACAUAAUUAUACUUCUUAAUUGUUUAUUCUCGGUUGUAUUCAAGGGAUAAGUAUUUCAUGCAUAAUCCAAUAAUUUGCACCAUUGUGUUGUAGAUCAUCAGUUGGGUGGCGACUCCUUGUCUCAGUUAUUGUGUAAUAGGCAAUUCACCGAACCAUACGGCUCAAAAAAAUUAAAUAUUCCUACAUUUAUUUUUAUGUUAUUGUGUGUUUUUGUUAUUUUUUUUUUUGCUAUAUAUUAACAAAUACUUGUCUCAGUCUGCAUUAAGAUAGAAAAAACACAAACUGCACUUGAAACAUAAUAGUUAAAAAGGAAGGAAUAAAAACGGUGCCUUUGACCCACUGAUCUAGUCGACAGUUUCAUAGUAUUUUAUAUGUGACAUUGUAUAGCUUUAGUUAUCAAACUCUGCUGUGUCCUGUUUUAAUAGCUGAAUGACUUCAAAUUUGAGCGAAAAUUGUAUUUUAUUCAAAUUCAAUGUUAAACAGGAUAACUGUCAGAUAUAAAAUUGAGAAAAAUGAAUUCUACAAAAUUUUUAAUGAAAGCAAAUGCAUUAAUGAAUGGGAGGAAUGUCAUCAUAGUUUGGUUUCUGUAUAAAAUUUGGUUUUAUUGAAAUAAGACCAACAUAAAAUAUCUUUAAUUAUUCUUUGGUCAAGUAAAAUCAAGAAAUCAAGAAAAUCAAGAAUUUUAAAAUCUAAGCUGUUGAAGAGGGAUGCAGACGAGUAGAGAAUCAGCAUUUCUCUUAAAGUGUGGUGAAAGAUUUUAAGCAUCAUUAUAUAAAUAUCCCCUUAUAUUUUGUCUGCAUGAUAGUUAUAAGAUGAAAAUUAAUUGCAAUUGCAUGUAAAAUAGUAGCUUUUAGACGGAUGUAUGUGUUAUUCUCAAUUUGUUGAAAGCUGUAUUUGUCAUCAUCAGAUAGUAUAAAAACAUUUGCUGCUGCUGGUGGCAUUUAACUUCAAUCCAUAUUCACAAUUUUAAAAAAAACAAAUAUGAAAAAUAAAUGAAAACAAGAUCUGAUGAAACUUUGGAAUAGAAAGUGAAUUAAAAAAAAAACCCUCUUACACAGUUAGUCCUAUGGAAUAUAUAAUCUGACUACAUGGGUUUAAUAUAUAUACGUACAUGUAUGUAUGUGUGAUCAAAACACUAUUCCUUGUCCGUACAUUUGGUUGUAUUCUGCACCAGUGGUCGAGCAUGUCUCCUAUCGACUGUUUGGGUUUGCAACCUGUAUACUAACUGUAGGUGUUCAUAUACAUCAUUCCAGGUAUUUUUACAUGUAUUCUUUUGAGAAUUCAGGAAUAAAACCUUUUUUUUUAGAAUAUUAA